CCGGCAGGCAAUAUCCUCCACGGUACUCCGUACCUGGGGAAAUUUUCAAGCGCUCCGCUACACCUUCCCGUCCACCUGCUCCGAAUUCAAAUCACAACCCGGGCACGCCAGCACUAAGCAGUGUUUUGCGCACCGCGAGUGGCGCGCGGGCUGAGCCCAGCAUGUCGACUACUCUUCUUCCGUUCCUCUACCAGACCCAGACACUUCAGCGGCUAUCGCGGACUGGCGUCCCGACCCGCACAUUCCGCGCUCUGCUGCAUUCCACGGCGGCCCGAAGCAACCCCCCGCGCAGUCGGCCACACGGUCCCCGGCACGAGGAUAUCCCGUUCGAGUUGCCGGAGGGUUACGAGCGUCCUGACGGUAGAUCAGAAGAUCAAGAUGCCGAGGCGGGUGGGAUGCGGUCGACCAUCACGCGACAGGAGCACGAAAUCUUCAGUCGCAUCUUCGAAGAGAUUGCGACCCGAAAUGCCACGCGCCCUCGUCCCGCUGUACCACCGGCACCUCCGCCGUCCGCUGGCCCGGAAAGCCCGAGACCUGCUCCUGACGAAUCUGCGGGUGAUUCCCUGCCCUCCCGCCUCGGCUUCCUCAAAUUCGACGACCUGCAAGUCCGGACGGAGGAACCCAACCCCGAGAAGGUCCGCAACACGGUCAACAUCAUAGUGCAGGACGCGGCCGAGGUGCAGUCCAACUUCCGGCGGCAGAUGAUGAGGCCGUUCGACCCGCUCCACCCUCUCGAACAAACAUCAGCCGCAUCCGACUGGGAAAAGGCCCUGCUGCGGUUCCCGCCCAGCCUGCGGAAAGCCGCGCGCAUGGCGUUGGGCACCAUCGAGGAGGACAAGGCAGCCGAAGUGCAUGGUUCGGCAACCCCAGCAGCGGAGCAGAGCCUGAGCAUAGAAGAGAAGCCAGCGCGGCAGCUCGAUCUGAAGCUGGACCCUCUCGCCAAGUCGGUUCAGAACGAAGCCCUCAGGCGCGAGCAGCGCAACCGGGUCGAGGCCAAGAUGCACGCGGCGCAGACCGACUUUGAGCUCUGGGACAUCCUCGAAGAGGAGGUCUUCCCGCUGGUCGAGAAGCUCGGCAUCGACGAGGCGUCGUCCAAGGCGAAGCGCAGCCGCAAGCGCGACAAGAGCAAGCUCCCGCUGCACGUCUACGGGCCGCUGUACCCCUCGUACCUGCUCAGCGCGCUGCGCCUGUUCGACACUAAGUUCGCGCGCUCCUCGCCGCUGGCGCUGCACAUCCUGCCGCGCGUCAAGGAGCUCGGCCCGGCCAGCUACGUGCUGGGCGUCAGCACGCCCUUCUACAACGAGCUGGCGCGCAUCCUGUGGAACCGCUACGGCGACCCGACCGCCGUCUUCAACCUGCUCGAGGAGAUGCGCGUCGCCGGCCUGUACUGCGACGAGACCACCCGCGGCGUCGUCCAGGCCAUCGAGAACUUCCUGGCCUCCGUCGGCCAGGGCAAGUGGGGGCCCUUCCUGCGCGAGCUGGCGAGCCUGCCCGAGUUCGAGUUCGCCCUUCUGCCGAGGAUCAGGCACUGGCUGAAGACGAUCAAUAUGCACAUCUACGAGAGGAAGCAUCAGUUGCAGGCGUGAGCAGGGGGUGACAGGGACGGCGGCGCCGUCUCCGUCCGGAAGGUGUAUGGCUCUGUGUACGAUUGGCGAUGUACGACUGGCGGGAUUUGUAAAAAAGGCGGUAUA